AUGACGGGCGAGCUGCACCAUCGCAGCAGCACGGGUGACGGCCUUGGAGAACCGGAUUUGGUGCCAGCAUGCGCUGUGGCGAGCCGCGGCGCGCCUUCGCCGCUGCUGCAGAAGCCCGUCGCCGUGGCCACGCUGCAGCCCUCGCCGGUCCCGCAGCGCCUGCAGCACCUCGGCCCCCAUCGCGUCGGCGGCCACUGCCCGUCGCGCCAGCGCCACGGGCCCUCGAUCGAGCUCUGGGGCGUCUCGGUGCACCUCCCGCGGACGUCCAUCCUCGUGCGCGUGCUGGCGGCGGCGAUUGCGUUGUUGGUGUUCGUGCAGGCGGUGUCCUGUGGCAUGUUCUUCUGCGUCGCCGUGCCGUUCGGCCACCGCGCCAGCUACGUUGACGUGCGCGACAUCGUGUCUGAUGUCCCGCUGACGCAGCAGGCCGCCGCCGCCGGCGGCGCCGCCGCCGCCGCGUCCGCCGCCGCCGGCGCCGCGCUGCUGCCGCACCACGGCCCGCCGCCCGCCGUGCUCUCCACGCCCAAGCUCAUCCCCCGCAUCGUCCACCAGACGUACCGCUCGAAGCGCUUCCCGCGCGGCGUGCGGCCGCUGGUGCGUUCGUGGCGCGCGGUCAACGGGGACGGGUGGGAGGUGCGGUUUUACGACGAUGUCGCCGCGGUCAGCUUUGUGCGGCGGGAGUUCCCAGAGUAUCUUGAGGCCUACCUGGCGCUGCCAAAGGACGUGGAGCGCGCCGACUUCUUCAA